AUGCAUGCUCUACCUUUCUCCCAGAAGCAAAGAAGAGAGAAGUUAGACAAACAAUUCGAGCGCUUUCUACAAGUGUUCAAGCAGGUGCAUGUGCAUAUACCUUUCAUAGAGGUGCUUUCACAAAUGUCGUCUUAUGCUAAAUUCAUGAAGAAGAUAUUGUUCAAGAAGCAGAAAGUUGAAGAGACAUCGGUUGUCAAGCUGACAGAGCAUUGUAGUGCCAUUUUGCAAAAUAAGCUCCCUAAAAAAUACAGAGAUCCAGGGAAUUUUACUAUACCUUGCUUAUUAGGAAGUACUAAAUUUCAAAAAUAUUUGUGUGAUUCAAGUGCUUCUAUAAAUCUUAUGUCUUUGUCCAUUUUCAGGAAAUUAGAGGGAGAUAUUGGAGAAAUCAGGUUGAUACAUGUGUCCUUGCAGCUGGCGGAUCAGACCACAGUCAUAUCUGAAGGAAUAGUGGAAGAUGUGCUAGUUUGGGUAGACAAAUUUGUGUUCCCAGUGGACUUUAUUGUGGUGAACAUGGAGCAGAAUAAGGAGGUCCCUCUGAUUUUAGGAAGACCCUUCUUGGCUAUGGGCAGAGCAAUUCUUGAUAUUCAGGAAAGGCAACUCAUGCUCAGAGUGGGAGAUGAAAGGCUGAUCUUCAAGAUGGAAGGAGAAAGGGGGUCCCUAAAGGAGCAACUCGGAGAGAGUAAAACUGAUAAGUGUGGGGUGUACCCAAAGAAGGUGGAAAAGAAGCUCUCAGUAUGGAUGUGUGCACUGGGUCGGGCGUGCAAAGGAGAUCCCGACUUCAAUUCAGACCCCGACUAG